GGUUGAGGCUGAACCCGCUAGUCGGCGCUGGGCCACGCCACGCGAAGCGCCUUGCGUUCUUGGACGAGAGGAGCUGCCAGCGCGGCAACCUCUCGAUGCCUCGACGGCGGGCUAAUGAAACCUCGAGAGCACCGCGUUCCCGUGUCAAACUGCCUACGAGCGAACCGCGACGCGCCGGCGGCGAACCAUCCGAAAGAUGCGGUACCUCAAGAGGAAAUGCCGUUGCCUCCACUUGAACGAGAUCCAUGAAUCGUGAUCCGGGGGAUUCGCCUGGAACAAGCACGAGGAAGUUCGGGGAACGUGUCCAAGCUCCGGCAGCCCGACCAGCCGCGCUCCGUUGCUUUCGAAUCGAGUUUGACAUGUAAACGGCCUGCUCCCCUCUUUUUCUUUUGUUCGUUUUGUUCGAGGAAAAGAAGUAAAACGCUGCCGUAGUCGGACGCGGUGCGUCGUUGUCGAAGCACGUCGGCGUCGAUCGAUCGCCGCGCCGUCGAAAUCCUAAAUUAUGAUCGACGAGCUUUCACGGCGGGACCAAAACAGCUGGAGAACGCGUUCUCGGAUUCGGUGAAGAUUCAACGUAUCCGUUAGUCUCCGAGCGGCGGAUCGAGGAACAGCCCCGAGACGGGGACCAAACCGUGGCUGAUCAGCCGAACGGAGAUUCGCCCGGUAGAUCGAGAACGACGCGGCUAGCAGAAGGAUACAUAUCAAGAUGUAACGAUCGACUAUCAAAUGUCCAAGGAGAUUAUUCUAAAGAAACGUUGUCUUUGAGUCGUCCGUGUUCCCCGAAUACUUCACGAUCCUCCACUCGGUUGUUUUCAGUAAUCCGUGGCCUUGCAACGGGAGCAUGUGGCAGAAGAGUUCGUUUUUAUUUUCCCCGUGCCCUGUAACACGCGUUUUUUCCUAAGAGCGGCUCCGGGGCUCGUCCUAACCCCGUUACGAUCACUCCCUCAGGCGUGCUAACGAAAAAAAGGAGAUUUCAUUAAGAGAAAGGGACAACAAGGACACAGGAGAAGGAUUUCGGUCGAGGACAGGAUUCUUCCCCGUGUUUCUACCAUCUUAGCAAACAGAAGAACAUCGAGCGGGGUUGGACGAAGAGACGUCCUUCGGAUGGGACGAGAAGAUUUCUUAGAUACGGCGAGGAUAAUCGCCGCGUACUUCCUAAUUAUGAUAUAUUAUCCAGCACGCUGGUUGGCGGGUCCAAAAUCGUAGAGUAUUUUUAAUACGUGCGCACCGUGUAAGAAAACCACGCGUGUACGUCGCGCGUCAAGGUGGUUCGGUAACGUUAAGAGUAGAGUUUUAAUCGACGUUCUAUCGUUUAACGAGCAAGAGGAAAGGAGGAGGAUAAACGUGGUCCAACUAAUAGUGACUUAGAUUAUUGUCUAUAUUUACGUGAGGGACUGUGUGCGUACCUUGUGUAGAGUGUGCUUGUCGGUAUAUCGAACGUCGCGGGUCGCGUUAUUUUUUACGAUUCUCCGUCGCCGAAGUUCCACGUAUGAAAGUCCCGUAGCCAAUUGGUUGGUGUAAAGUGUCCGUUCCGCGGGGCGAGUGCAAUUCGUACACCGUCGUGAGUCCGUCGCGUGCAACGCCGUACGGUUCGCAAUAUUCUUCAAACGGAAUUGUGGGCGAGCGAAAUAUUCAUCGGAAGAUUCGGUGAACAGAACGUUCGAACGCGAGAAAUAGGUUAAAUACGUUAGACGCGGGAAUCGUGUUUACGUCUGUCGGGCGAGGAAGGCGAGGUCGACGAACAAAUUCGGCAUGUGUCAUCGAGCAAGACGCUAGCUAUGACGACUUCGAGCAGAUACAGCAGCUACAACUGUCUUACCAGCUGGGACAGCUACGACAGGAUACCAAGAGUUCGAGUCGAAUAUUACGUGAAUGAGAACACGUUCAAGGAACGACUUCAACUGUAUUUCAUCAAGAACCAACGUUCCAGUCUGAGAAUACGAUUGGCAAAUCUGUUUUUUAAGCUCUUAACAUGCUUCUUAUACAUAUUCAGAGUCAUCACCGACAGCGAUCCAACCUACGCAGCAUGUUAUGGUUGCACGCCCGGCAACAAAACCGAGUUCCUCGUGUCCCAGAAUCUUACGGAGGAAGAAUUUCAGGAGCACCCGACCAUCAACUGGGACGCGAUUUUAUGGGUGAGAAGGCCUCUGGAAUUGUGGGUCGUCCAAGUGAUCCUGGCAAUAGUAUCGCUUACGGAAGCCUUGCUACUCGCCUAUUUAGGUUACAAGGGAAAUGUCUGGCAGCAGUUACUCUCUUUCCACUUCAUCUUGGAAUUGGUCAACACCAUACCAUUUACGAUCACGCUACUUUAUCCACCAAUGCGAAACCUCUUCAUUCCAGUGUUCCUAAACUGUUGGUUGGCAAAGCACUCAUUGGAAAAUAUGUUUAAUGAUUUACACAGAGCUAUGCAAAAGUCCCAAUCAGCUUUAAGUCAACAACUGAUGAUUCUUAGUGCUACAUUACUGUGCCUUGUCUUUACUAGCGUAUGCGGGAUCCAACACUUCCAGAGGGCGGGGCACAGGCAUUUGAAUCUGUUUCAAAGUACGUACUACGUGGUGGUCACGUUCUCCACGGUCGGCUACGGGGACUUCGUACCUGACAUCUGGCCCUCGCAGCUCUACAUGGUGAUCAUGAUCUGUGUCGCUCUCAUCGUCCUACCUACGCAGUUCGAACAGCUGGCGUUCACGUGGAUGGAAAGACAGAAGCUGGGUGGUUCGUAUUCUUCGCACCGAGCGCAGAGUGAGAAACACGUGGUAGUUUGUAGCACGACACUGCAAGCAGACACCAUCAUGGAUUUUUUGAACGAGUUUUACGCCCAUCCACUGCUACAGGACUACUACGUGGUAUUACUUUCGCCAAUGGAACUGGAUACCACAAUGCGAAUGAUUUUACAGGUGCCCAUCUGGGCACAAAGGGUAAUUUAUAUUCAAGGCUCGUGUCUCAAAGACAACGAUUUAACCAGGGCCAGGAUGAACGAAGCAGAAGCUUGCUUUGUUCUUGCCGCCAGGAAUUACGCGGACAAGACCGCCGCCGACGAACACACAAUACUCAGGUCAUGGGCAGUAAAGGACUUCGCGCCAAACGUUCCUCAGUACGUUCAAAUCUUCCGUCCGGAAAACAAGCUUCACGUAAAGUUCGCCGAGCACGUUGUUUGCGAAGAUGAGUUCAAAUAUGCCCUCUUGGCGAACAACUGCACGUGUCCUGGUGCUUCGACGUUGGUUACUCUGUUGUUGCACACCUCCAGAGGACAAGAAGGACAACAAUCGCAGGAGGAAUGGCACAGACUGUAUGGGAAAUGUUCAGGCAACGAGAUUUAUCACAUUAUUCUAGGCGAUUCUCGAUUUUUCGGCGAGUACGAGGGGAAAUCUUUCACCUACGCGUCCUUCCAUAGUCACCGGAAAUACGGGGUAGCGUUGGUCGCGGUUAGACCGGCGGAACUUCCGGAGUUUUACGAAGACACCAUCCUCUUAAAUCCUGGUCCGCGGCACAUAAUGAAGAAAACGGACACCUGCUACUACAUGAGUAUCACGAAAGAGGAAAACUCGGCGUUCGUGGUGGCGAACAACCAAGCCGUCACCGGCACGGAGGGUGCGCAGGUGGUGAUAGAGACGAAAACCGACGGCACUGGAAACGCGAACAGCGGUCCGACCGGUAACGCGACUAGUAACAGCAACAUGAAUUCCGGGACUAGUGCCGGAACGACAACAACGACCACGACGAUCUCGACCAGCUGCACGAUCACCGGUGGUGAUGGGAACGGUACAGCAAACAAACCCGCUGCCAACGAGCACGGUCGCUAUUCCAACAGUUGUAACAAUGCGCUGAACGAAACAGCUUGCAACAGGCAGGAGACGACCUGUACGGGGCCCCGUGGACAGAACGUGCACGGUACACAGGCUCACAGGGCCCCACAGGUUAUUUUGCAGGUCCUCCCUAGCACGCCCACACCACUCGAACACCACAACAUAAUCGCAUCCGAUGUCCACCCCACAUAUCUAGAUCCUGGGGGGUUCGGUGAUUCACGGCAAUGCCUGAAAGAUGGAGGAUCUACACCGCAGACUCCAAUCACUGGAAAUCAUUUAGAUGUGCCACGAUCUCUCGAUCCAAAUCCUAAUUUACUCAGCCCCGAGAUUCUUACGCAAAGAAGAGGAAGUAGACGGCCAAGCAUACUACCCGUACCAGACAUGUUAACAAGCUCCACAUUGCACCUUCCUGGCCAAGAGUCGCUAGACCACGAAGGCGAUGAGUCCGAGGAUGAAAUGGACGACGACGUUCCAUGGAGAUCGCCCAGUGAAAAGAUCGCUUUCAAGGGAAUCGUCAAAGGAUUUCCACCUGUUUCGCCAUUCAUAGGUGUUUCACCGACACUGUGUUACCUACUUAAAGAAAAGAAACCUCUAUGUUGUCUUCAGCUGGCACAGGUUUGCCAACACUGUAGCUACAGAAACGCGAAAGAUUACAAUUGGCAAAACAAGACUAUUAUACUGGCUGCCGAUUACGCCAGCAACGGAAUCUACAACUUUAUAAUUCCAUUAAGGGCACAUUUCAGAUCAAAAACCUCGUUGAAUCCUAUCAUUCUUCUGCUGGAACGGAAACCGGAAAUUGCGUUUCUUGACGCCGUGUCCUACUUUCCUCUGGUAUACUGGAUGAGAGGAUCUAUCGACUGCUUGGACGAUCUCCUUCGAGCUGGCAUCACCUUGGCAGAAAACGUCGUCGUUGUGAACAAAGAACUUAGCAAUUCCGCGGAAGAAGACACCUUAGCUGACUGCAAUACAAUCGUCGCGGUGCAGACUAUGUUCAAAUUCUUCCCGAGUAUAAAGAGCAUAACAGAGUUAUCGCAGUCGAGCAACAUGCGCUUCAUGCAAUUCAGAGCACACGACAAGUACGCUCUUCACCUGAGUAAAAUGGAAAAGUGCAGCUCUCACGUUCCCGACCGCGAUCUAAAAGCUAAAAGUGCACAGGGGCAAGGGGAAUCGGCCGCACGCUCCGCCUCGGUCCUUCCAGGAAACAUAGCAGCCGAGCCUCCAUGUCCCCGGGAUUCGGUAAACAUAAAAAGCCGCCGCCGCGCAGAAACGAAAUCCGACGCCAAUAGAGAAAAGGAAAGAGGAUCCCACAUAUCCUACAUGUUUCGGUUACCUUUCGCGGCUGGCAGUGUCUUUAGCGCGUCCAUGCUGGACACACUUUUGUAUCAAGCAUUCGUAAAGGAUUACAUGAUAACAUUUGUGAGAUUGCUGCUGGGCGUGGAUCAAGCACCUGGAUCAGGUUUUCUAACAUCGAUGAAAAUAACAAAAGACGACAUGUGGAUCAGAACUUACGGCAGACUGUACCAGAAACUCUGCUCUACAACGUGCGAAAUUCCGAUCGGGAUUUAUAGGACCCAGGAUACCACUGUGUCGGACACAUCUCACGGCGACUCAGACGCGGAGAGCGACGCCGGCGUCGGCGUGACGUACAAGGUGCGUCAUUCGGCGGCAGCAUCGUGCCUUGCAAAUUGCGCCACCCGCGACAAGGGUGCCUCAGCCUAUUCCGUGAGCCUCGGGGACGAAGCACGCGAUAACCACGCGCAGCAGAUCGAAAGGGCUGAGAUCGCGAACCUGGUUCGUUCCCGGAUGGAGUCCUUGAACCUGCCAGUAGCCGACUACGACGACGUCUCGGAGAAGCGAAACAGCCUGUCCUACGUGAUCAUCAAUCCCAGCUGCGACCUGAAGCUCGAGGAGGGCGACAUCGUAUACCUGGUCCGGCCGAGCCCGUUCUCUGCCCAAAAAACGUUCGAACGGCACAACUCGCGUCGGAAGAGCAACAUCAGCUUCUGCUCGGCGCAGCUGGUGUCCCAGAUGAGCGCGGUGGUAGCAUCAGCUGGGCUGCCAGGCGCUGGACCGGGCAGUCGUCGCGGAUCAGGAAUCGGCCUGCCCAGAGCUCCGCCGUUGAGUACCACCAAAUCGAAUUCUCUGUCCUUGCCGGAUAGUCCAACGGUGGCCGGCACGUUACGUGGUCGAUCGAAUUCCUUGAGAGUGGUCGACGACAUUCUGCUCAGACGUAGCAAUUCGUUGAGGCAAGGUCUGUCGACAACUAGGAGAAAAAGCAGCCUGGAGGACAUCGGCCUGGGCGCCCUGUCGCAUCCCUCGAAUCACAACCCCAUCAAGAUCGCGUUGAACGGAUCCAUCGGUCUAGAAGUGACUCCGCCCGAAGAGGGCUCGCAGAUGAUCGGCGCCAGUAACACUGGCAUCCUGGACGUCGGCCUGCCAUCCAUGCCGGAGCUGACCGCUGCGCUGGGGUCCAACCACGGCACCGGUUUGGGUGGCUCUCUGAGCGGCCUCCACGACCCGCCGAGCAUCCAGUGCGCCCUGGGAUCACCAUCCCAGGCGACGCAGAUGCCGAGCAGCACGCAGGAUCCGCAACACAUACAAGGGACAAUAGUAUGAUAUAACCUUAUGUGGGGACGCAGGCUCUCCGGCGUGGCACGAAACAAGUGGCUGUAGCGUUCCCACAUUUCGCGUGAAGAUCACUCGAUUGGGAUGUGUCGGUGGUGAAUCCUCGGCAUCCUGACAUUCGACGAACCGGUGGGACUGAACGGUGGCGACGAUCACGGAUAGUGAGACGGCCGGAGAGCAAGGUGUUUCAGUGACACUGCGGAUAAAACGGGAAACAAAG